AUGGCCGAGAAGAACAUCUGCGAGGCUGACGACUCGCCAAUGGAGGUCGAGGUCCCCGAGUCGGAAACGCCCAAGGACACGCCCAAGGAGACGCCCAUGGAGACGCCCGGGGAAGCCGAGGCAACCUUCCAGGACGACGAAGCGAAGCAGCAUGUUGCGGAUCAGACUACAUCAAUCUACAUCAUGUCGAUGUGCAGUAAGUGCUGCUAUGUGGAAGUGGGCACUGGCCGAAACGGCCAAGCAAUCCCAACGCUGGUCCUGAACGCGAAGCAAGGGUUCUUCGACCCCCAGAGCCGAGAUGAGAAGCACGAUGGGAGGGCCUUUUCCAUCCAGGAGACAUUCGUCAAGAAGACUGACAAAGUCCGACGUCUUGUGCGGCAAGCGAAAGUCUUUGUGAAUGAGCACCUUGGGAAGACCGACGACAUCGCCGCGCAUGCGUGGUGCAACGCAAGCAAACACAGGAGCGUUGCGUGCACGGAGCUCUUCUGCCAGCUGUUCAACUCCUUGGAGGUCUUCAAGGGCUGCGGGUACUACCACUCCAGCUUGCGCAACCAUGGCCACGGUCACAAGUGGUGCCAGGAGUGCAACCGCGGCGCUACGCCAGACAGGAUGGCUGUCAAAUCUGCCCUCCUCGAGCAUCUGCUCCCACUUUGGCGAGAUUGUGAGGUGCGAGUUCGGAUUGGGAUCGGUGAGCCGACCCUUUGGCAGUGA